GGGACCAGACGCGAAGUUUGUGGAAUCUGCUGUGGGAAGAAGGACGCAAGAGUAGGCUGCUACUGUCAUGGCGGCGGCUGCCCCUAAGGUCGGGGUCUCCGCGCCUGAGGCGCGGGGUCCCGCUGAAGCCCCACUGCAGUAUAGCCUUCUAUUGCAAUACUUGGUGGGUGACAAGCGUCAGCCCCGGCUCCUGGAGCCUGGGAUCCUGGGUGGAAUCCCGAGUCCGGCCAAGAGUGAGGAGCAGAAGAUGAUCGAAAAGGCGAUGGAAAGCUGCGCCUUCAAGGCGGCCCUGGCCUGUGUGGGAGGAUUUGUCUUGGGCGGUGCAUUUGGAGUUUUUACUGCUGGCAUUGAUACCAAUGUAGGCUUUGACCCUAAAGAUCCUUACAGGACGCCGACUGCAAAAGAAGUCCUUAAAGAUAUGGGACAGAGAGGAAUAUCUUAUGCCAAAAAUUUUGCCAUUGUGGGCGCCAUGUUUUCUUGUACUGAGUGUCUGGUAGAAUCUUACCGGGGAAAAUCAGAUUGGAAGAACAGUGUCAUCAGUGGCUGCAUCACUGGAGGGGCCAUUGGUUUCAGAGCUGGCUUAAAGGCUGGGGCCAUUGGUUGUGGAGGUUUUGCUGCUUUCUCUGCUGCAAUUGAUUAUUACCUACGGUGAGAGUAAUUGCCUGUGGGGAAGGAGGACGCCAGCCCAGGAUCAAAGCUGUUCUUUGGAGGACAGUUUCUGCACCACUUGGCACUUGCUUCAGGGACCGAAGACAUUUGUUUUCCUUCACAUAGUUGGUGUUUUGAGGGAGCCUCCUGGCUGCUCUCUGCCUCUAGCAGUCAGAGCAACCACACUCUGUGCCGCUCCUGGAUUCCAGCCAGGCUUUUCAGGGGAUGUACUAUGCCAGAUUGUCUCCUUGGAGUGAUCAGGCGACAUUGUGUUGACUGUUAGGAAUUAAGCUCCACAAAAACUCAGUCCUAACCACAUCCUGCCCUCUGGGUUGUGGGCAUGGAGGUGGCAGCGUGUUCCUAUGUACCCAGGAAUGUCUUCUGCCUUGGAACACCAUGCAAGCAUCCAUCUCGCAUGCCAGGGCAGGGCAAAUUCAUGCCAUCCAGCCAAUUAUGUCAUUUGAUUUAGUGUUCUGCCUUCCUUGUUAAAAGUGUAUAUAUUUAUAUUAUAGUUUAAAGGUUGGUUUAUUUUCAAAUUCCACAGUGUUUACAAAUUGUGCCAGGCAGCCCAAAGAGUGACAAUCCAAUGGGAAAGAGUAAGAAACUUCCUGAGAAGUCCAGGAGUGUUAGAUUCUCAGGGUUUGUGUGGACUGUGUCUUCUUCACCAGGGUCAUUUAUUUGGCCAGAGAGCAGCCCUCUCUCUGAAGCCUAGCCUAGCUGCUUUCUAGGAUGCACUAAAACUCCCUGUGUGACUCCCUCUGGCCUCUUCACAGAAACCCUCCAGGGCUAGCCCAUAGGCAUGCCUGCAGUUUGCUGAACCACAUGUUGGUUUCAGGUCCGGGACAGAUGAAGUGUCCUACUGUGGUCAUCUUGAUGACUCAGUCACAGCAGCUACUGAUGAAGACCAGACACUGUAGCGGGGCUGCUCACCACCACCCUUGUUCUCCACUGUCAGUGGAUAUUUUGUUUUUGACCUCAUGGUUUUAUGAUGACAAUGGCAGCUCAGAGAAAAAGGAAAAAAAAAAAACCCAAAACCAGCUCAGCCUCAUUGUGUGCUAUGGGCGUGCGCACACACACACAAAUAUAUAUAUUUUAUAUACACACACACACACACUCAUAUGUGUAGUAUACAUAUGUAUGUAAAUGGUCUUUGGUGAUUGGGUUUCGCUGCUGUGCUGCUUUGCUCUGGUGCACUGGUGCAGUAGAGUUGAUGAAUUCUUGGGCUGUACCUCUUGGGGGAACAGGCAGGUAGGCUCAGUGGGGGCUCUGAGGUGCUGGCUGCCUUUCUACUGUACAGUAGCACACUUUUUUUUCCUUUUUUUCCUAUUUGCUGUUUUCUAUCCUACCCACCCUUAACUAGAAUUCAAAGACUGAGCUUAAACAUCCAGGCAGUCCCAGUGUUUAUUUGUGUGAUGUCAAAGGACAGCUGGUGACACCUUCCUUUAGCUGUUUCAAUGAAUGUGUGCUAGUACACAAGGGCUCGUGUCCUCUGUGAUGAUUCUACGUGAUACUGGUCCUGUUCUGGUAAGCAUGAGGCUCAUCAUCACUAGGCCAGUGGGAGCAUUCCUCAGAGCUCUGGGACAACUUUAGGAGUGUUUCCUGUACUAUCCCUAAAUACUUCAAACCUAGGAUUUCUUUGAAGCCAGGGCUGUCAGACAGUCCUACCUGGUACCUGUUAAAAUGCUCAGAUGCCUGGGAUCUUCUACCAGCUGGUCUUGUGCAUGGGACUGAGUACAAGAAAUGCUGCCCUCAUAAUUGACUUGGCAAAGAUGAAACUGGAGGAUGUCAGUAGCCAUCAGUUCAAUAAGCCAAGUCUUGUCCACACUGACUAUUCAAUCAAGAGAGGAGAUGAAUAGCUUCCUGUUUUAGAUGACUAGGGAGCCAGUAUGAGCUCAUAAACCAAACAGCAAUAUUCAGAGACAUCUGUUCCUGAUCUCCAGAAUAAACACAGUAUCUAAGGGCAUAGGCUGGUGGGAGCUUACAUUAACCCCUCUGGCUCUCCCAAAAGGAGGGUGGACCCGGGCCCUCUGGGGGAUACAACUUCAAUAAGUAGAUUAGACCAAAAGGCUGACCCAAAGACAUGCCACUUCCAAGGAAAAUGCAGAGAAAAAUUACAGAAAACCAGUGGACAAUUUAUUGCCAUCUCUCCAAGGCAUAUUGAUGGCCAGGUCGGUAGUUAGACAUUUCUAUCUCAUAAAGAGGCCUGCAGCAGCCUGGUCUGAAGGGAGGUCUUUGUGCUGAGCAAAGAGAGGGCUGGCACUCUGCCCCGGUUCCCAAAAAGAAGGUUCAAGGACAGAUAGCGAGGUAAAUAGGUUCCUGGAAGUGCACAUCUGGAUGCAGCUGGAAGUGUUAAAUAUUUAGAUUGGUGGUCUUCCCUGGACUACUGAAAACACAAACAUCCACACCACAGGGCUGAGUUUUGUGCAAAUGUUGGGGCUCUGCAUUUUUUUUUUUUUUAUUAACAUUUUCCUUUCACAUGGUUUACAUCAAUUUAUAAUAAUCUACAUAAGUUGAAACAGAACAGAGACAAAAAAAUAUAUCCUUACCAACUUAUUAAAGUCAAAUAUUAACGAAGGGUCCCAUCCUACCUCUAUCAGCAAAAACUGGCAGCCCUCACCCAUUGCUCAGCAAGGACAGGCAUGCCUGGGACUACUGUAGCCUGUCCUUCACGUCCUGUUGGCACAGGCUGCCCUGCUGAGUACAGUGACUGGGGGUUCUGGGCUGCACAAUCCCUGUCUCAGGAGAAGCCACCAGGUAUUUCCUCGGUGCAGCUUAGUCCAAGUCUGGCACCCGACCCCCUCCACUCGGUGGAAUUUAUAAAUAUUCUGAGUCUUGCAUUUCUCAGCCCUUCCAGCCAUCCUGUUCUCAUAUUGCCUAAACAAGCUGGGGGCUGCAGUAGCUUUCUGACUCUGAAAAGCAAACAUUCUUCAUUUGGGGGAGGCGGGAGACACCCAUUUGGGGCUGUAACUAGCUCUAGCUGGGCCUCUAAUUUGUUACUGCCAAUCUUCUGGAAGCAAGAAUCUUUCAUGCCACAUACCAAUACCCAAGUGCCAAGCAGAGACUUUAGGGAUGGGAUCUCUUCCUUCACCUACCCCGAUCAGGGCUCCUUGCUAAGCUGCUAACAGGCAGCCUGGUGGUCAGCAUUUCCUUCCUCCCAUGUGCAGAGCUUACUGUUCCACUGAAGGCAACAGGAGUAAACAAGAUCAGGGAGGCCCCUGCCUCGCCAAGCAAGUACUCCUGCUUUAGGGCCAACAAACCCUUCUUUAGAUUUAGACUUGGCCCUGAGCAUAAGCAAUGGAAACUCUUCUCCCCAAUCCUAAGGGCCUAGAGUUGUUUCUGCCACAUAGAAGAGCCAGGGAGCUGUGCUAUGGUUUAAGCCCCUUUUGCUGGUGCUUUGGGAAUAAAUAUAUUACUCCUUUCCAGUACUGCAUGAUGGAUCUCAAAGUUGGGAAUGGUACCUCUUGAUCCUCUGCAGUGGCAACAAUGAGGUUCCCCAGCAAAACCCAGUCUUGAGAGGCAGGUGCCUGUGAUUCUUCAUCCUCUAAUUUCUGGGAGUUUCCAGAGUUCAUUCACAAAGCUGCAUUUAGAAGCCGAGGCAGGGGCAGGAGCAGCACCAUGAUGGCUGGCAACUGCUGGACUGUGCCUUCCUUUCCCAGGGUCUGGAGCACACGUGGCAGUUGGGGCUGCCCCGUGGCAGUGCUCGGCUGUGGAGUGUGUGUGUAAAUCUAAGGCAAAAGUACCAUGAGGUAUGUGAGGUGCCAGGCAGCCUCCACGAUGGAGCCUGCAUGCUUCUGGACACCUGCACCAGCCACAGAAGUUGCCCUCCAGGAAGCCUGGCUCCACCAGGAAAGCCUCUGAAACUCAGCCAAGUGCAGCUUCCCCACAACUCAGGCCACCAGUUCCGCAUGGCACUGCCAACUGUUCCACCUGGCUUGUUUCCUCAGCAACCUGGACUCUCCCAUCUCCCCAGAUGCCUUCCUGACCCUCUGGCUCUCUUGAUAGCAGGUCACUUGUGGAUCUUUACACUCAAAGGAAAUAGAACUCCAGGGGGAAAGAACUGAAAAUUCAGCAGUAGAAGAAACAGUCAAAGAUGCCUCACUGCUAGGCAGGAGACAGGACAGACAAACCCCAGAAAUCAGCUCUCCAGCUCUGUGCUAAAGCUUGGGAUUAGUGUGAGUCUGUCUCCUUGUGCAACAUUUGCACAGGCAGCGAGGCAAAGCAGGUGUGCUCCCACAGGUGGAGGGCGGUGGGAGGCCAAGGACGGUGCCUAGCAGCAUUGGAUGGGCCGCCACUGCUGCCCAGGACCUCUGCAGAACUUUCCAGAUGAUGGAGCAAAAACUGAAGCUGCACAUGCAUGAGGGCGGCCAGGGAAGGAGGAAAGGGUGGAAGACACUGAGGGGAGGCUGUAGUCUAGGAGCAGGGCCAAGAGAGGAGAAGCUGGUGGCAGCUACACAGUGCCAAAUAAAAACCCUUGGACUGGACUCAGGAGGAAAGAAAGCCUUGGGGGAAAUGAAAGAAUAAAGCAGGCUGUGUGCCCACACAUGGUCGGUCACUACCUUUUCUGCAUGACAGAUAUACAUUAAACAAUUCCCAAACAGCACGGAGCAUUAGACACAACUAGAGGUACAGAGGGCAGGAGCCGGGGUGUGGUGGUGAGGCUGGGGGCUGGUCAGCUGGCUUUGUACAAGGUGGCACAAAAGAUGCACAUAUUCCAGUUCUUGGAAGCUGGCUUCCCUUGGAGUCUGGAGUGCUGGGCUGGGGAGUUUCUAUUGCAGUCUUUCAAGUCUGUGUUGGACUCUGGCUGGAGGGGCUGGCUCUGGCCAUCCCCCACAGCCACCCCUCCUCCGGCUACACGUCAGUGGAAAAGUACAGUGUGUUCCGCUUCAGUUCUGCGAAGGAGAUGGGGGGGUGCUGCAGGUAGUAGAGAAGGACCUGGACCUGUGGGGAGACAGGAGGGACUGAGGUUGGGGUCCUUGUCCUCCUGGCCCUCUUCAUCUGAUCUGUUGACACGAAAUGGUCCCUGGGCUGGGGCCAAGUCUGUUUGCCCACUGCCACUCCCAAGGCUGGCUCUGGCCACUUCCUGGAAGCCACGCCUUCUUUGGAAGCCCAGGUGCAUUAGCACUUUGUAGCACUAGAGGGCGCUGCGGGGCAGAAGGUUGGGGAGUCUUGGAGCCUCUUGCCCAACCUCAGCCAUAAGUGUCAAACCUGGGCCUGAGGUUGGCUUGGCAUCCCUACCCUGGUCUUGUAGGUAUCUCGGGGAAGCCUCCUGACCCUGAAAGCAAUCCCAGGAUUUUCAUGAGGAUGAAGCCUCCAGAAUUUUCCUAUACCCCUGGGCUUGUUUUCUGAGACUGAGGUACUCCCAGGAAAGUAGCCAGCACCUGGCACAGACAUUCUCUGGGCCCUGGUCUAAGUCACAUGUUUUGGCCUGGAAAGAGCAGGACUAUCCACAGCCCUGCCUUCCUGGUGGCAUCAUAUACACUAUCAGUCCAGCUGCCCAGGAGGGGAGAGGUGUGGGGACUCAGUUAUUCUUCUUGCUACCCCUCUACCUGGGCAGUGCUGGGGUACCUGUGCCAUGACAUCAUGGGACCAGAUGUCUGCAGCUGAUGUGAGAUGGGCUUUGCUCUCCACUUCUGAGGGUCUCAGUAACGUGGGGCCGAACACGGUGGCCAGGUUGUGAAGCGACAUUUUGUUGAUGGGCUCCUUCUCGGCAACCCUGAAAGGAAGAGCAGGGACAGUAGAAUUCACUCCCCAGCAGCUACUCAGAGAUCGAAGGCCCUUGGCCUUAAGCUUACAGGAACUCCUGGAAGGAUUCCUGGAGGGACUCCUGGUCUCCCUCUUCUAAGGGUGGUGACCUGCUGGUGGGAAGGGCACUAAGCCAGACCCAACUAUGUCCCAGUUUCUAGGCCACCAGCUGACCUGAUGGUCAGAAAGACCCACAGCCAUCGACUCCAACUCCCCUGCCUUAGAAUGUUACUGCUCUAAGAACUUUCUCUGCAAUAGCACAUGUUUGCUACAGUUCUUUGAGGUAGGUACUAUUAUUAUCAUCAUCCCCAUUGUACAGAUGAAGAAACCAAAAUACAGAAAGGUUAAGUGACUUGUCCACAGUCACAGAGCUAGCAAGUGUGUAGAGCUGGGAUCUAAAUCGGGGCAGUCUGCCCAAGAACCCAUCCCCUUGACCAUUCUGCUCUUUACCCAUCAUCCAACAGUCUAGUUGUGGGGAGUGGCUGCAGGAAGAGUCAGUGGGAGGAGCAGGGGGCAAGGUGGGGCGGGCCUGGAGCUAAUUAGCUAUUAAUUAGACCUAGGUUCUGCCUGCUGUGCUGGGGCAGAAGCAGCUGCAACUCCAGGAGGAGCCCAGGGCUGUCUUUCCUGCUGCUCUAGGGACCUCAGAGCUCCCUUUGGAUUUUUCCUGCAUCUCUUGCAUAACAGGCCAGAUGCUGUAGAUCUUCCCCUGGAUGCUAGCAGGAGCUGCCAUCUGUGCCUGGUGUCCAAGAAGGCCUAAUAUCACCAAACACAGCAAGAAGCAAUGGGCCUUCACUGUUCUAGAAGUGUUUUGGUUUUGGGAGAGAGACCAACCCCAGGCAGUGUCCCUCACCACCUCCCUAUGACACCAUAUAGUUCCUACCCUCUGGGCAGGAGCCACAGAUAUGCCUGCUAACUGUUUUGGAAACGGGCAAACAUUGUAAUGCUAGCAGGGAACUGUGCAGUGGGUAGCCCUCUACACACACACACACACACAGCCAGAGGCCCAGAUGUGGGAACAGACUGUGCCUGAUUCCCAGGGCAGAAAACCUAAUGAAUUUUCCCUCCCACUCCUCCUCUGUGCAUCCUCCCCACAACACUCGCCAAACUAUUUGGGAAUUGGUUGGGGCUUUGGUUCUGGCCAAACCAGAGGGAAAAUGUCUCAUAAUGGGAAAAAUAAGACACCAGCCCCAGGCACAUCCAGGGCUCCCUCCCAAGCCUGGUCUGGCUGUACUGCAGCAGGCGCCUGGGCCGGGCGGGGAAAGCUCAGGGGGCAAGGGUGCUGGUCCAGAGAUCAGCCCUUUCAGGUUCCCUGGUUGUGGCUGGCAAGUCAAUUUAAAGGAGACCUAGUACUUCAAACUACUAUGUAUAACUAUAAAGCUCUAAUAACAAACAAAUAAUUUAAAAAGGACUGGGGAUGUUGCUCAUCAGGUAAGUACCCCUGGGUUCAAUCCCCGGUAUCAAAAGAAAAAGAAAAAAAAAAAACCCCAGAAAACAGGACACCUAGUGACUUCUUCUCCCCAUCCAUGCGUAAGAUUAAUCGUAGGCUCAAAAGUGAGUGAUUUGCUAGGUAUCAUGGUGCAUGCCUGUAGUCCCAGCGGCUUGGGCAGCUGAGGCAGGAGGAUCACGAGUUCAAAGCCAGUCUCAGCAACAGCGAGGCGCUAAGCAACUCGGUGAGACCCUGUCUCUAAAUAAAAUACAAAAUAGGGCUGGGAUGUGGCUCAGUGGUUGAGGGCCCCUGAGUACAAUGAUUCCAGGAUACUUUGUGGCUAACUUCUAGUUCUGAACCCUGGGGCCUCACCAGCUUGAGCAGUUCUUGGUUUUCCCUGACCAGGGAAGAGGUGAGGGAGGGGAAGGUGAGAAGAGACUUAGUUUAGUUUUAGAAAACGUAGGUGCUAGAACAGAUCUGCAGCUAACCCAAAGAAGACCUUGCUGGGCUUGGAGACUCACUCCCCCUGUCUAUUAAAUGAGGCAUGAGCUGAGACCAGUGGGUUUCAAACUCCACUGACAAAACAACAAACACAGUUUACGAUGCAAGCUGGUGCACGUCCGUAGUAACCGUGGUACUUACACUUCCCGCUGCAAUGUACCCUGAUGCUGCCCUCUUUGUCAUUUCAAAAAUGCUAAAAUGGACUGGUUGGGGGGCCAUCCUUCUACAGCCCACAGCUCUAGUCCUGCCAUUCUGAGCAUUUCAUGGCCAAUACCUGAGGCCUUUGUUAGGACCACAUAUUUCCCAAAGCAGAGGAGUAUGUGUGCAGAAAGUUGAAAAGCAAACUCUCACACUGUUAUGGGUGGCUUAGUAGAAGCCAGUACCCAUGAGGAGAUGCUGAGAAGGUGGGGUCCCAUAGCAUGACAUGUGGGGCUGCCCUGGGUCUCUGGCCUUCCCCUCAGUGGACCCCGUCCCAUUACCUUUUCAAGUGUUCCAGCAGGAAGAGGAAGGUGAUGAGGUUGGGGUCGGGCAGGGAGCGGAGCAGGUGCAUCAUGCAGUUCUCCUUGGCGGCGGGGUCUGACAGGGCUGUGGGGAAAGAGGGGGUAGGGCAGGGCGUGGCUCCUGGGGUGGAGAACCCCUGGCCAGAGCUUAUGUGGCCAUGAGGCUGUGAGACCCUGUGGGCAAACCCAGGCUGCUGCGUUCAGGAGAGCAGAUCCCAUAGGGGAGGCCUGGCAUCUGGGUGGUCUGCUAGCAGCAGGUUCCUUCAGGAGGUCCUCCUGUGACUGGUGACUUGGCCAGAAGGCAGGCUGGUGGGAGCAGUCCCCUUCCUUCCCUCCUGCACAGGUCUUUGCCACCAAUGCCCCCAAUGGCUAGGUUCAAGCCAGUGAUGGCUUGUGCCGUCAGGGAUGGGGAUGAUCUGUCACCCUCCUCUGGUGCUAUCACAUGGGAGCGAGCAGCCUUCGCCCAGGGCUCCUAACUCCCCGUGGGGGCCAAGGCCCUGGCUGCCCCAGGAGAAGGAAAAACAGGAGGGAUGUGCCAGGCCUGGAUCUGGCCCAAGUAGGUGGAAGCAAGAGUCCUGCCCUCACAGAGGUGAGGAGGAAAGCGCAGCACAAGCUGUCCCCAGUGCCUUCUGGCCCACACCAGCCUCCUCCUUGGCUCCAGGUUGCUGGCUUCUGACUGCCCACCUCAGGGCAGUCUUCCCUAGACAUCUGUUUCCAAGCAAGCAGGUCAGUGUGCAAAGAGGACAAACUGAGGGCUGCCACGGGGAUGUGAGGGGAGAGAGGCAGGCCAGAGAGGGACCAGAGGGCCUGCCGGGCCACUCUUCAUCCUUGGGCCUCCCAGCCACACAGUCGGCUGGUGCAGUGGGCAGGUCAACAAGCAAGGGAGGCCACGAACCCCUUGCUCUUACUUCACUAGCAAGGGAGGCCUGGCUCAGCCCAGUCCAGCCCUCAGGACGCAGCAGCCUCACCAAUGCCCUCCAUGAAGGCUGGGUAAAGUCGGUCUGUGAGGAGGGGCUCAGGCAGUUCCCGGAAGUAGAGCUUGAGGGUGCCAGCAAUGGCGUUGAUGUCCAUGUCACUCAGCAUUAGCAGGAUGUCCUUGUUGUCUGUAGGAGAGGGGGAAAGGUCAGGGACUGGCCUCCAAGUCUUCCCUCUCCCCAACAGUCAGUCUUCAGCCCUGUCCCAGCCCCACAGGACUGUCUCAAGGCAGACCACCACCCACUUCUCUGCCUCUGAUUUCCCCCAGAAAGGUGGGGUAUAGGUAGUUCCCACAGGUUCUGUGACUAAGCUCUGCUGACUAGGGGUGAGGGAGACAGACAGGCUGGGUUCUGUCCCUGGGAAGGGGAGGAGAAGGGAGUAUGACUUAUCAGCCAGAGUCCUAAAGUCAGAACUGUACCACAUGGCAGGCACCCUCCUUCCCACCUGGAAUCUCCCCAUCGCUAAUCUCUUCUGUGGAAGGCACUGUACAUUUUUCACACGUAAAAUCAUGUUCUGACAGAAUCUCAGCUUCCAGGUUGCACCGAGCAGCCAUGUGCCAGAAUGUUCCUGGUCGGGGUCCUGUCUUCUGCCCCAGGCUUGCCCACUGGGCCCCUUUCCCCUCAUGGCUGCCAGUCCAGUUCAGGCUUCUUGACCACUGUGUAUGCUGCUGCAGCCGCAGCCUGACCCAGCAGAAUGUGGAAACCAGAGGGCCGAACCCCACCCCCACCGCCAAGGGGCUUAUACAGAGGCAGAACUGUCCCACAGGAUGCUGGGGCCUGGAGACAGAUGAGGGGAGCCAACUCAGGCUCAUAGCUCUUUAAUCUCCCUGCAGCCCAUUAGGCACCAGGCAAUAAGCACAAAAGCCAGGAAUGGAGUCUGGAGUCCAAAACUCUUGAGUUCAAAUUCAGGCAGAAAAUCUACAGGCUGGGUAACCCUGAGCAAGUGACUUGGCUUCUCUGAUUUCCAUCCAUGUUCUUCUCUGUAGCAGUGGAUUGGAGUGCAGAGAGAUUACAUGAGAAAAUGCAGGGAGUAGGCUGGCCACAAGGACUCAGAAAUAGUCUGCCCUGUGCCAUGGUGGGACUGUGUGCAGGUCAUAGGCCAAGGCUGCCCUGCCAUCAGCUGGCUGGUCCAGGCACCUCGGCAGAGAAGGCCUCCUGGUCUAAUGAACUCUCCUGCCAGACUGCUUGGGAACUCCCCAUGCAGCUGGGCCUCCCAGACUCACUGGCAUCAAAUACAGCCUUCAGUGCCUGGAUGUCCGUGGCUACUCCUGAUAUCCGGUAGAUGCCAACCUCCUCGAUGCCCCUCUUUUCCACCUCUUCCACACACUGCCGCACGAUGUAGGGCACCUUAGAGCGCUCCCGCCUGGGGGACAGAGGAUGCAAAGGGAGGAUGAGGGCUGGAGGUAAGGAAAGGGUUAAGGAAGAGGCCAUACCACCCCACCCUACCCAGCCCACCAGGCCUGCCUACUGAGCAAGGGUGCAGGUGGGAGAAAGUUCUGGGCGAUGGCCCAAGGACCCUGAGAAAGAAUGUUCCCUGAGAUUCAAAUGCUUAUGGUGGGGGUGGAGGUGUGGUACAGCUCAGUGGCAGAGAGCUUGCCUAGAAUGUCCGGGGCCCUGAGUUCACUUCUCAGCCCGGGAAGAAAACAAAGUAGCCUACAUGAAGAGGUGGGUCAGGACCUGAAGAGGAGCAGCACAGAGGGGCAGUGUGACCUGACGCACUCGGUCCUUUCCUGAGGGCCAGCUACUCCCUGGACGCCAACCUGCUGCCGCCAAGCCCAGGGGCGGCCUAGAGCCGUCAACCUCCCCAUUUAGCUUGAGAAGCAGCCAGUUUGGUAUUUUUCCCAUGAGAUCUUCUAAUGUUUCCAUGCGGACUUGCUGAUUCCUAAAGUAUCGUGUGAACCAGAGAACACACCUCUGAGGGCCAUUUUUGGCUUCCAAACUGGCCGUCUGUGACUGUUGAACUGGGGGUGAUUGAUUAGGUGCUGGCAUAGGCAGCGGGGCUGGGAGAUCAGGACUGGCAGGGACCCGAGCACUACUGCCAGCACUUGGACUCCAAGGCAGCACCUACUUAGUCACCACACUGAUCUUCACCCCAAAGACACCGGUCUGCUUUUUGGACGGGGUCCUCUUCAGGCUCAUGUCCCGGCUGGUGAAUUUCAUGGAGAAUUCCACUUUGAUCUGCUUGGGGGAUGAGUCAGGGCAGGGAUUAGUCCCCCCGGGCAUGAGUGUCCGAGGACUGCCCCAAAACACAGGGGUCUCCCUCCCCAGCUUGCAGCAGCCCCUCCAGGCUUCCAUUCACCCCCGCAGGUGGGAGUGGGGAAGGCGUGGGCAGAGGGGAGAGCCCGCUGUGCUAGGGGAGGGGGCGGCAGACACCUCCUAUCCCCCGGAACUCACCCCAUUCAUCUCGAUCACAUCUGUGUGCCAGUUCUUGGUUUCUACAGUUUGUGGAUCCAACUGCAGAGAGAAAGAGAGGGGCUGUGAGUGAGGGAGCGGGGACAGCUCAGAAACCAAGUCAGUACUGUCCCUGCUGGGUGGCAAUUGCUCACCAGCCAGCAAUGUUUAGGAAGGCAGAGGCCUUGAUGCUUGCCAGGCACGGGAGUGCAUGUCUGUAAUCCCAGUGACUCAGGAGGCUGAGGCAGGAGGACCAGCCUCAGCAAUUUAGCAUGAUCCUGUCUCAAAAUAAAGAAAUAAAAAGGUCUGCUGAUGUGAUGUAGUGGUACAGCACCCCUGGGUUAAAUCCCCAGGAGCAAAAUAAGGUGAAGUCUUAAUGCUUAUCUUGAAAUCUUCAAUCUUCAAACUUUAGGGUGGCUCCAGCCCUCUGGCCCCUCCCAGCCAUGGCUGGUGAAGGACCCCCAGCCCCAGGGAGGCAAAGGACCCUCUGUUAGGCACUCUGCCCAUCACAUCACACUGACUCCUGAUCACCACACUGGGAAAUGGGUAUUAUUAGCCCAUUUCACAGAUGUAGCAACUGACGGUCACAAGAGGUAACUUCCUCAGCUAUCUAAGCUGGAGUCGUCAGAGGAGAGAGCUAGAGCUUGGCCCGUGCAUAUCAGAACACUGAAUGGGUUUGAAUCCCUGCUCCACCGCUUGCUGUAGUGGGACCUGGGCAGCUUUUACCUCGCUAAGCCUCAUCUGUACACGGCAGCCAUUACCAGAACCUGCUGCACUGGACUGUUGUGAUGAGAUAACUUGGGUUAAAGGACUGGCUCCAGAACAGGCGAACCCUCUAUAGGAAGUCCCCAGACC